GUCGUCAUCACUGGGAACUUGGUGAUCGCCCCCUGCGCAAUAAGACGCAGUAGGCGCCUAUUCUUCACUGCGCGUUUGCUUUCACUGCUGCUCGUUCGCUUCUUCAGUACAUCCUUUCUCCCGUUACACAUUAGCUGGUGCACGCAGCCGGGUACGCCAGAGCCGACUGCGACUCGUUGCGCCGCAGAUUUCAGCAGCCACCGCACCGACCGGCGUGCGGCACAUCUCAUAUAGCAGCGCGUCGACCGCCUCCUGCAGUACAGAGUCCUAAUGAAGAUCUCGAUAUUUUUUGCCGCCCAGCUGGUGUCGUCAGCGGCUGCGCUGGAGCUUGCGGCGCGAGAGAACCCCAGAGUCGUCGGGCUCGACAUCCAGCGCCGCAAUGUGCCCGACCCCGUCGCCCGCGACCUGCGCCGCCGCCAGUCAACGGUGCAGCAGACGCUCGACAACCUCGAGACGCUGUACUUUGCCAAUGCGACCAUGGGCACGCCGCCGCAGUCCUUCCGCCUGCACAUCGACACGGGGAGCAGUGAUCUGUGGAUGAACGCGGCCAACUCGCGGCUAUGUACGGAGCAGGGCAAUCAGUGUGGUGACUCUGGCACAUACAACGCCAACGACUCGUCGACGUACGAGUUCGUCAACAACGCCUUCAACAUCUCCUACGUCGACGGCUCCGGCGCAGCUGGCGACUACGCCACCGACACCUUCCGCUUCGGCGGCCAGACCAUCCGCGACAUGCAGUUCGGCAUCGGCUACAUCUCGUCGUCGCCCGAGGGCAUUCUGGGCAUCGGCUACACCAUCAACGAAGUGCAGGUCAACCGCUUCGGACUCGACGAAUACCCCAAUCUGCCGCAGAAACUCAAGGACGACGGCACAAUCUCCACCAACGCCUACUCCCUCUGGCUCAACGACCUCGACGCCUCCACGGGCUCCAUCCUCUUCGGCGGCGUCGACACCGCCAAAUACACGGCCCCACUGCGCACCCUCCCCAUCGCCCCCGAGCAAGCCACCUUCGCCGAAUUCAUCAUCAUCCUGACCGACAUGGGCACAAUCGCGCACCCCACCUCCCUCUUCUCCGGCUCCAACGUCCCCGUCCUCCUCGACUCCGGCUCCAGCCUAACCUACCUCCCCGACCCCGUCGCCAGCGCGCUGUACACCUCGCUCGGCGCGCGCUACGACACGCGCCAAGCCUCCGCCUUCGUGUCCUGCGACCUCGCGAACCAGUCCGGCGGCCUCGCCUUCGGCUUCAGCGGCGUCACCAUCGAAGUCCCCUGGAACGAACUCGUCAUCACCGCCGCCGUGAGCCGCGGCACGCCCGUGUGCAUCCUCGGGAUCGCGCCCGCCGGGUCCGGCACCAGCGUGCUCGGCGACACGUUUCUGCGCUCCGCGUACGUCGUGUACGAUCUCGAGCGCAACGCGAUCUCGCUCGCGCAGACUGUGUUCAAUGCCUCCGCGUCCGAUGUAAAGGAGAUCGCUAACGACGGCGUGCCGGGUGCGAGUGUGGUGCAGGGCGCGGUGUCGACGGCGGCGGUCGGCACGCAGGGGCUCAGGAUGGCGAAUUCGACGCAGACGUCAACGGGCGGGGGCCCGAUGGUUACGGCGGGGCCGUGGGUGGUGGGGAUGGGGCUUGCGGGCGUGGUGAUGGGGUUCAAUGGGUUUUAG